UACAGUUGCCAUUCUACUUUAAAUUUCCCUUAAUCAUAAAAUAGAGGAUAAAAACUAAUCAUGUCCAAGCCCACAAACCUGAAGGAUGCCCUGGCCAAGUGGGAGGAGCGCAAUAAGCAGCCGGCCAACACGGCCACAGAAAUUGGUCUGCAGUUCCAGUAUCCGCCGAUUGAGAAAAUGGAUCCGAUCCUCAACAGUCUGACCGAGUGCCAGAAGCUCAGUUUAUCCUCUAACAUGAUCGAGAAGAUUAGCGGCAUAUCGGGAAUGAAAAACCUCAAGGUAUUGAGCCUGGCACGCAAUAAUCUGAAGACCCUCAAUGGCAUAGAACCUUUGGCCGAUACCCUGGAGGAGCUGUGGGUGAGCUGCAACAACAUCGAGAAGAUCAAGCCCAUCGAGGUGAUGAAGGCUCUCCGGGUGCUUUACAUAUCCAAUAACGCGAUCAAGGACUGGGCCGAGUUUAUGCGCAUUGGCAUUCCGCCGAAUCUCUCGGAUAUCACGUUCCUGGGCAAUCCCUUGAACGAGAGCAUGGAACCGGCUGUCUUCACAGCCGAGGCAGUGCGUCGUCUGCCCAAUCUGAAGAAGCUCGACGGGGAGCCAGUCAUUCGCUAGGGAAAAACAAACGUUGUUAUGUUCUGAAUAAAAAGGGGAGUCACAAGCCGAACAGA